AUGGCUACAACUUUUUCGGAAUUCGCUUAUUCUAAGAAAUUUGAAGGAGACGCGGAGCGCGAAACCGCAAGCAGUACUGCCAAUGCAUGUGAAGAUUCGGAUCUAAGUCUAUUAUCCAAAUUACCAGCAGAAGUAGAAUUCUCGAAUGGAUCUAAUGCUAAAUUAGAGCAAUCAAGUUCUUAUGAAGAGGGCUCGACAUGGGAAAUGGUAUCAAGUUCCGAUUGUUCUGAUGAAGAUUUGAUAUGGGAGAUGGUACCAGGCAGUAAUGAGUUUGUGUCAGAGAUCUCAGGGAAUUGCUUAGGGGAAUCAUCGAUAAGUGAGUCUUGGGAACUAUGCUGA